UGGGGACCGCGCGACAAGAGCGGGACGCCUAGCACGCGCCGUCCUCAAGGACAAGAGCUCCAUCACAGGCGGAAGUGGACCCUGGACUGAUGUCGAUUUAUUACAUUCUAGAAAACGGCCUGGGCCCUAGCUGGCCUUCCCGCCUCUGCUUUUUGGCUCCGCCCAAGGGAUAUACAUGACGUCAGGAGACCUUCCAGCAACUUCUUUCCUCUCCGAGCAACAUGGCUGGGGGUGAGGCCGGAGUGACUCUCGGGCAGCCGCACCUAUCCCGACAGGAUCUCGCUACUUUGGAUGUUACCAAAUUGACACCACUUUCCCAUGAAGUUAUCAGCAGACAAGCCACAAUUAACAUAGGUACAAUUGGCCAUGUAGCUCAUGGGAAGUCCACUGUGGUAAAAGCCAUUUCUGGUGUUCACACUGUCAGAUUCAAAAAUGAGCUAGAAAGAAACAUCACCAUCAAGCUUGGAUAUGCUAAUGCUAAGAUUUAUAAACUUGAUGACCCGAGUUGUCCUCGACCAGAAUGUUACAGGUCAUGUGGAAGUGGUACACCUGAUGAAUUUCCUACUGACAUUCCAGGGACCAAAGGGAACUUCAAAUUAGUCAGGCAUGUGUCCUUUGUUGACUGUCCUGGCCAUGAUAUUUUGAUGGCUACAAUGCUGAAUGGUGCAGCAGUGAUGGAUGCAGCUCUGCUAUUGAUAGCGGGUAAUGAAUCAUGCCCUCAGCCUCAGACUUCCGAACACCUGGCUGCAAUAGAAAUAAUGAAACUCAAGCAUAUUUUGAUCCUACAGAAUAAAAUUGAUCUGGUAAAAGAAAGUCAGGCUAAGGAGCAAUACGAACAGAUUCUUGCAUUUGUACAAGGAACAGUAGCAGAAGGGGCUCCGAUUAUUCCAAUUUCUGCUCAGCUGAAGUACAAUAUUGAAGUUGUCUGUGAGUACAUAGUGAAAAAAAUACCCGUGCCCCCAAGAGACUUUACUUCGGAACCUCGACUUAUUGUUAUUAGGUCAUUUGAUGUCAAUAAACCUGGCUGUGAAGUUGAUGACCUUAAGGGAGGUGUGGCUGGUGGUAGUAUUCUAAAAGGAGUAUUAAAGGUCGGCCAGGAGAUAGAAGUGAGACCUGGUAUUGUUUCCAAGGAUAGUGAAGGAAAACUCAUGUGUAAACCAAUCUUUUCCAAAAUUGUGUCACUUUUUGCAGAACAUAAUGAUCUUCAGUAUGCUGCCCCAGGUGGUCUAAUUGGAGUUGGAACAAAAAUCGACCCCACUUUGUGCCGAGCUGACAGAAUGGUGGGUCAAGUACUUGGUGCAGUUGGAGCUUUGCCUGAGAUAUUCACAGAAUUGGAAAUUUCCUAUUUCCUACUUAGACGGCUUCUAGGGGUACGCACUGAAGGAGACAAGAAAGCAGCAAAGGUCCAAAAGCUAUCUAAGAAUGAAGUGCUCAUGGUCAAUAUAGGAUCCCUGUCAACAGGAGGAAGAGUUAGUGCUGUCAAAGCUGAUCUCGGCAAGAUCGUUUUGACUAAUCCUGUGUGCACAGAAGUAGGAGAAAAAAUUGCUCUUAGCCGAAGAGUUGAAAAACACUGGCGUUUAAUUGGUUGGGGUCAGAUAAGAAGAGGAGUGACCAUCAAGCCAACUGUAGAUGAUGACUGAAGACUCCAAGUUCUUUGGUUGUGCAUUUGCAUGGAAUUUCUUUUAACCUAGGGGUAUAUUUUUAAAACAGUACUAUGGAAUUAAGUUCACAGCCCGUGAUUUUGGGUAGCUAUAAGGUUAUUCUCUCUCUUUUUUUUGGUCUUUUUGAGACAGGUUUUCCCAGUAGCCCCAGCUGUCCUGGAAUUCACUAUGUAGAUCAGGCUGGCCUUGAACACAGAGAUCCGCCUGCCUCUGCCUCCCAAGUCCUGGGAUUAACCUCUGCUUCUAAUAUAGGGACUACAAAUAGAUGUAAAACAUGGUAUACUAUUGGGUUAAAUACAUUUUAGCAGAAGUUAAACAUUCCAGAAUAAAGUCUAAUUUAUCCAUCAGUGAAGAUUUGAAGUGAAAAUUUUCUAUAACCAGUCUUUGCUAUAGUACAGCACAUAUCAUUAACCGUCUAAAAUAAAAUUUGUCUUUUUCAUAAUUGUUCUGUGAGUAGCUCCAUGCCAAAGGACAGUUGUAUCAGUAAAAACUGAAAGAUAGACUGUG